GCACUUACAGGCUUGACUGCCGGCCUCCUCAUCUUAGUUAAUGCUUACUCUGUCCCCGAACGAGAGCAGUUAAGUCAGGGGCUCAGUCAUUCAUCUUAGCUACUCGGGUUUUGCCACAUGAAUUACACUAGGAAACGCGCGCUCCUUGCCUGCGACUUCUGCAGGUAUCGCAAACGAAGAUGUGACGGGCAGAGGCCUUGUUCUACCUGCAAGGAUUCAAACGCCGACUGUGUCUACAAAGAGCUGCCAUUCGAUAGGGUCGAGGACUCGAGCCCGACUGCCGUUGUUGAUCGACUCGCUCGGAUAGAAUCGUUGCUCGAACACCAAAGCCAGCAGAUCAACCAACUUACCACCCGUUCUAGCCCAAUUUCGUAUCCCGCGAGUCAAGCUGACUAUUUCUCCCCGAGCCAGCAGCAGUCGGAUCACUUACCUUCGACGUCUACCAAGAUAGAUAGCCAAAUCGACUCGCCGCAGUUUCUGAUCCCCAAGGACCACGCCACGCUUCCUACCACUCUCCUCGCAUUUCCCAUGGUGCGUGACCUACUCGGAGACUAUUAUCCAAGGGACUAUUUUUUCGAGAUCGAAGAGAAGCUGCCACUUCCCGGCCUCCUAGGUCGCCUACACGAUGGUCCACCGGCUUGGCCACCUCUUGAAACCGAAAACAUAGAUCGGUUGUCCGAUAUAUACUUCCUCAGGGUUCACCCCCAUCACCCCCUCUUUACGUCGAGUACUUUUCGAUCGUGGCAAGCCGGGCUUCUUCGGGAGAAAGAGACUAAUGAAAUUGAAACUGCGAUGUGCCUUUGUGUCUACGCUCUGGGCACCAUCUGUUCGGAUCAGGGGGGUAACCACGAGAGCGAAGAGACGCUUGGCCUUCACUUCUUCCAGCCAGCCCUGCGUAUUAUGUUGCACAAGUUAGUCUGGGACUUGAAGCCAAGCAUAACGCUCUGCCAGGCUCUCCUCCUAGCUGCCUCGUAUUUUGCCCACCUAGGGCGCCCCCUUCAGAGCUGGAAGAUGGCGCAGUUCUCGUCGCGGUUAUUUCUAAACCACUUAGAGAGCCGAAAGUACAACCUGUCCGGCGCCGAGUGCGAGGAGUUUGAGGAGGCGGAAUUGAGGAUAUUCUGGCAGUGCUUUACGGUUGAAUGUGACCGAAUCGCCGAAUUCGACGUCCCUCGGAGCGGGAUCGAACCGUUCGGGGACCGAAUGCGGCUCCCACAUAGUACGGAACGCGCCGACGACGAGAACAUCAUCUACUUUAUCGCCGAACACGCCAUACGUAGGCUCCUCAACCGUAUUCAAAAUUCUCUCUACGGCCCUGGCACGGCGCAGACCGGCCUAAAUGCAUCUCCUGCUACCACCGGGUCUAAUCAAGCCUGGCAGAGCCUGGGUCCUCAGAAGCUCUUAGCUCUGAGCUCCGAGCUUAACAGACAGCUGGAGGAGUGGUAUUUCUCUAUCCCGGACUACCUACGUCCCCCAAAGGGGACCUUGAGGCUAUCAAACGACCGUGCUCGAGUCCUUAUGAUCCGAUACUAUGCCGCGAGGCAGAUUAUUCAUCGGCCGUUCCUCCUCCAGAUUGUGUCUCGACAGCAUGAAAGUCAAUCCCCCCCAAGCUCAUCCAUGCUGAGCCCCGACCCGUACGUCGAACCGCGGGUGAUGCUGGAAAACUGCGAAAUAUGUAUCGACUCUUGCGUCACCUACCUAUACAAUGCGGCCGAGAUGAUAGACAAGCGCACUCCCUACCUAUGGACCUUUUCACAGAGUUGCAUGGAGUCUCUCCUCCUACUAUGGCUGGCAGACAACAUGCCUACUCUGCGUCCAUACGUGCCGCGAAUGCAAUCGAUCCAGGGGAUGGUGCUAACCAAGCUACGGAAAUGGGCGACCGAAGACUCUACCUUUGCUGCCGAGGUACGCAUUAUUGGGCAGCUAGUCUUUGUCGAUUUGAUGAAGGCGUGAAAAGCUAUGUCAGAUUCGAACAGUCUUCGAUUGCCCCUGAAGGAACUGUUACGCCUAUUACACCGUACGCGCCUACGCGGAAUCUACAGCAGAGCAGGCAUUUAGAAUGAGUGUGGUUGAUCUUUAAAAAGGGCCGAAGCGCGGAGCCAUAACCUCGAUUCGCCUGGAUAUGGUAUCUGUGACGAGAGGUUGCUUACAGGAUAGAGUUGUGGUGCUGCCCGAGCGGGACUCGAGGGCGAGGCUUAGAUAGGAGAAGAGCAAAAUAGGGACUAUCAUGAGAGUUGCGCAUACCCCAAUGAACCUAAGUUAGAUACCUAUCUCGGGAUUCAUAGAUUAAUAAUGCCUAGGGACCUCCC